UGGAUUCUCAGUUUCUCGGAGGCGCUUCGCAAAAGAAGAAGCGAGCUUAGUUAACGUGGAAGACGUAACUUUUGUGUGCAAAUUUUUAAGAGACAAAGUGUGUAAAGAAAUAAAGUGGGAGGAUACAACACCUUCCAUCACUGAAAAGGACUCUAAAGAGAUUUUAAAAGAUUUUUUUUUCUCCAAGUGUUUUGUGCGAAAAUUCGCAAAUUUUUUUGCAAAAUAAGGAAAACUCAACGAUGAUUGAAAAAAGUGGGGAGUGCAAUUAAUUUUGGUGUGCACUGUGCUGUUUAAUUUAAACUCCCACAAGACAUAACAAAGACACAAAUCAAUAGCUCAGACAGUACAUAUUGCAAAUGAAAUAAAAUGUAGAUUAAGAAGUGUAAGUGAUUUGGAGAUUUUUCUCGUGUGAUCCCACUAAAGAGUUUGCGUGUAGUUAGAAUUUUUUUCAUGAGUGUUUUGCAAGUUUUUUUUCAAUUUCUUUUAACUUGCCAGAAUUUUCAUUCAUAUUUAAUUGAAUUUAUAUAUUGAAAUUCAUCCCAAGUAGUAGUUGUGAUUUUUUUCUUUAUAAAAAAAAGAUAGACUUGAAAAAAGAAAGAGUUGUUUAAUAAAUUUUAGUAGAGAAAGAGAGAAUAUAAUCAAUUUGCUGACAAGCCGAAGAGGAAGAGUUGCAAUCAAUGGGCAGCAAUACAAUCCAAAUGAGACAGUAACGAAAUAUUCAUCCAAUUCAACUUCCCAAUACAAAUGAAAUGGUGACAUUAAUGCCAUGUAGUUAUAUAUCAGCCUCCCGCUGUGGACUGAUUGAUAAAAUGAUAGAACCAAAGGUUAAGAGAUCAAGAGUCGACGAUAGUGACCCUAAUGAUCGGAAUAGAAUCUACACGCCCAAUAGUCAGUUGUGCAAUUCCACCUCCCUGGCCACAACCACAACGCCGGCCGGCGGGAAUUUGGUGAGUCAUCCCUUCACGCAGUCACCGCUCCUUCCGCUGGCGGGCUCAAGUCGAUGCAGCGCCCCACCGUCUGGGCCAAUUUUGCGCCACACCACGAAUUCCACCACCUCAGGACUCCUCCAGGCAUCUCCAGCUGGUUGCAGCGAUGGAGGCGCCGGUGUGAAUCUCUCUCCGGGACUUUUGGGAUUGGGCUCCGCAACAACCACCGGAGGCACUCUUCAGGAUACAACUCCUGUAGGGAUGUCUCAUUGGCUCCCAGAGGGUGCAGUGAAGAGUGAGCGAAGUCCCAGUUUAGAUUCAACCCCCACAGCAACCUUGGCCACAACAUCCGGCCACCUAGACCCAUCCCUAUUCUGCCCAGCUGGCACAACGGCAACACUGGAUGCUCUGCAGAACAGUACAAACUCGUACGAGCACAAGCAGGAGUACUACAACUACUACAACAGCAUGCAACAGUAUGCGCCAUCAUUCUACUCCUACAGUACACCCUAUGCCUCGCGGACACCUACGAAGAUACCUUCACCGAAUCCCUACCUCUCGUCCAGCUAUGCCAGUGCAACGUCCAACAACAAUUCGUCGCAGAUCUACGGAUCAUACGGCUACAACAACUUCUCGCAGUUUACACCCACCGCACAGCAGGACUACAGUAGUUGCUACUACAACGAACAGUACAGCGGCUAUUACAAUGCAGCUGCUGCUGCCAGCUACUCGCCCUACGUCAGCUCACCUGGUUCAAGUGGCAGUCAAGGCUUCCACACGGCUGUUGGGCUUUCGGAAAGUCCCUCAGAUGAGGCUCCCAGUACCCCGUCGCUAAUGACAGCCCAUUCACCCACAUCUCCCCUCUCUGUGUCACCCAGCAUGGGGGGAACAAAGGGUGGUAAGGCAGGUAGAGCACGUGGGCGACGUCAUGCUCAUCCAAGUCCAACGCGAAGUUCAGUUUCCGAAAGUGGCACGCAGGAGAAUGUAAAGACUCCAGAAAGGGUAUUUGUGUGGGAUCUCGAUGAGACUAUAAUCAUCUUCCAUUCCCUACUCACGGGUACCUAUGCCAAUCGCUACAGCAAGGAUCCCAAUCAUAUUGUGCAACUUGGUUUCCGGAUGGAGGAGAUGAUCUUCAACAUGGCGGAUACGCAUUUCUUCUUCAAUGACAUUGAGGAAUGCGAUCAGGUGCACAUUGAUGAUGUUUCAGCAGAUGACAAUGGGCAGGAUCUGUCUACGUACAAUUUCUCAACGGAUGGUUUCCAUCCGGCAACACAACCAGGCGCACCUAGCAUUUGUUUACCAACAGGAGUGCGAGGAGGCGUUGAAUGGAUGCGGAAAUUAGCUUUCCGGUAUCGGAAAAUCAAAGACAUUUACAAUUCGUACAAGAAUAACGUGGGAGCUCUUUUGGGGCCCCAGAAGAAGGAGCAAUGGCUCGAAAUCCGGAAGGAUAUUGAGAUAGCGACGGACAAUUGGCCCACACUGGCCCUAAAGUGUCUCAGUAUGAUCGCACAACGAGAGAACUGUGUGAAUGUUCUCGUAACAACGACUCAACUUGUUCCAGCUCUGGCCAAGGUUUUACUCUUCGGCUUGGGGCAGAUCUUCCCCAUUGAGAACAUUUAUAGUGCCACAAAAAUUGGAAAAGAAUCUUGUUUUGAGCGGAUCGUAACGAGAUUUGGCCGCAAGAGCACCUAUGUGGUUGUGGGCGAUGGCCAGGAUGAGGAAGUAGCAGCAAAAAAUCUGAAUUUCCCCUUCUGGAGAAUUUCAUCGCACAGUGAUAUCAAAUCUCUGUACACCGCCCUUGAUAUGGGGUUCUUAUGAAAGUUUUACCUCCAAAUCCGCUAGAGGCUUCCUUUUUGGGCUGAACAGGAAGGCACCAUCACAUGCAUCCUAUUCUCAGCAUCUUUUUUCUUGCACAUACCAGUGAUUUUUCCCCCUAGAAGCACCAUUUUCUCACUUUUUUCUUUCUUUUUAAUUAAUUCAGAGAGUGAAAAAACCCUUCCGGAAUGGCACGAGGGAUGCAACAUAAAAUGUGUUCCCUCAAGGCGGCCAUCUUUGAAAGGGCUCAACCUUCUUGUAUUAUUUCGGAAUUCCCUGAAAAAAAUUUCUUAGUCAAUUUAGCGUGAAGUUUUAUUUAGAUUUACGUUGUGUUCAAUAAAAGAAUGGAUGACUUAAAAAUGUAAGAUGAAAAUGAUCAAAAAAAUAUUGUAAAUAAAAGAAUGGAAUAAUUCUCCAG